GUUUUUGCCCUCCCUCCCCCUCUCACUCUCCCACACGGUAGGUAAAUAAUUGAUGAGAGUGUAGUGUCAGCCGUUUUACUGGUCGUGAAAAUUUACUCACCACCUUCCCCAAAACCAUCAAAGAAACCACGUUGGGUAUACAGGCUACUCCGCUCCACUGACACUCUCCACGGCGACGCAGGCGGCGGCGACGACGGACUGGGGCACCAGCGCGGCGACGAUCGAUGGACAUUGACAUGGGCGGCUUUAACCACCCAGUCUGCGUCUGCUGCGGAGAAGGAGACGGCCGCGAGAUGGACGAGGACGGAGCUUGCGAGGAUUGCGCGACGCAGCGGCGGUACUUGUAUGCUACCAAGCGGUUCUUCAUCGUGGCUACCGACGAUUUCAGAGACAACUUGCGCAUACAACAGGGGCUUGGAAGCUGUCUUAGAAAUAUGAUCUCUCUGUCUGAGCCUGUCAACCUAGAACCUCCCAAUGGCUCCGUAUAUCCUAUCGAAGCUAAAGGGGAGUUUGGCGAUAUAGUUUUUAGGAAUGGAUGGAAGGAGUUUGUGAGUGGAAAUCACAUAGAAGAAAAUGACUCCAUUCUCUUUGUGUACCGUGGGAAUUCUAGAUUCAAGGUUCAUGUGUUUGAUUCAUCCGGUCAUGAGAAGUCUUCAUGUUCACCUUGUUCUCAAACUGUUGGUCCACCCCCAUCUCAGAAUACUGACUUGUCCAGUUCUGAUGAUGAUGACAUCAUGAGAGAAAGCGAGAGAGAAUCAGGAUAUGGAGCUCACAAGCCACAUAAUCAGGCAUCUAUGAAGCUUGGAGUCAAUUCUGAUCCUUUGUCGAGCAACCUACGGGAGCCUUUCCAACGACCCUACAUUCUAGCCCGCCACACAACUCUACCGAUGCAAGUAAAGAAGAAAGUUCAGGAGAAAGUCCAAGCAAUUGAAUCUGAACUUCCUAUUUUUGUGAAAGAGAUGACCACUACAAAUAUUGAUGGUGGUGGCCACAGCCUAGGUGAACUGAUGUUUGGCAUGGUGUAUGCUUCCGCUUGUCUCCCGGACAAGACACAUCCUCUCAUUCUUCGGCUGGAGGGCAGGAAGGAGCAGUGGCGCGCCACGUUGUACGUCGGGUGUCGCAACCAGAGGCGGGUUUACGAGGGCUGGAACGAGUUCGUCAGGGACAACCAGCUGAAGCCGGGAGACAUCUGCCUCUUCGAGGUGUCAAGCAGGGACAGCACGAGCCUCACCAUGACGGUCCAUCUCGUCCGCUGAGUCAGAAGUUAUGUCAUCGUAGCUCUCGAUCCUGUCGUGGCUCCUUUACCCAUGGUUCUGUAAUGUGGAUUGGACUCUCUGAAACCCUGCUCGUGAUAUGGGAGAGCAAAUUGCUGAAUAGCCUGAUGGGAGCCUGUUUAGGUUAUUUGUGUUUGUUGAACGACUUCCUCCUGUAGUGCUAUGUAACUUGGAAAAAAAAUUACUGAACCUAUUCGACCUGUAGUGCAUCUGAA